AUGGGGAAGACGAGGCAGGAGACGGAGGAGGAGAGCAAGGCCCCGCUGCUCGAGCCCAGGCCGCCGGCGGCACCGGCGGCCGGCGAAGGGUCGGGCAGCGAGGCGGAGCAGGAGGCGGAGGAGGGGCUGGGGCGGCGGCUGCUGGACGAGAACCGCAAGCUGUGGAAGGUGGCGGGGCCGUCCAUCUGCACGCGCUUCUCCACCUUCGGGGUCACCGUCAUCAGCCAGGCCUUCGUCGGACACAUCGGGCCGACCGAGCUCGCCGCAUACGCGCUCGUCUCCACCGUCCUCAUGCGGUUCAGCAACGGAAUCCUGCUGGGCAUGGCGAGCGCGCUGGAGACACUGUGCGGGCAGUCGUACGGGGCGAAGCAGUACCACAUGAUGGGCAUCUACCUGCAGCGCUCCUGGAUCAUCCUCACCGGCUGCGCCAUUCUCAUGCUCCCCAUAUUCAUAUUCACCGAGCCUCUCCUCGUCUUCAUCGGCCAGGACCCGAAGAUCUCCGCCGUCGCUGGUGUCAUCUCCGUCUGGUACAUUCCCGUCACCUUCGCGAGCGUCGUCAACUUCACGCUCCAGAUGUACCUGCAGGCGCAGAGCAAGAACAUAAUCAUCACCUACCUCGCAUUUGCCAACCUCGGCGUCCAUCUGUUCCUGUCGUGGCUCUUGACCGUCAAGUUCCAGCUUGGGCUUACCGGGGUCAUGACCUCCAUGGUCAUCGCCAUGUGGGUUCCUGCGCUAGGGCAGCUCAUCUUUGUGUUCUGCGGUGCCUGUCCUCUCACGUGGACGGGGUUCUCAUCUGAGGCGCUCACAGACCUCGUUCCCAUCCUCAAGCUCUCUCUAUCCUCUGGUGUGAUGCUCUGUCUGGAAUUGUGGUACAGCACAAUAUUGGUGCUCCUAACAGGGUACAUGGCAAAUCCAGAGGUUGCACUGGACGCACUUUCAAUAUGCCUUAACAUCAAUGGUUGGGAGAUGAUGAUUUCUAUCGGCUUUUUGGCCGCCACUGGAGUGCGUGUGGCUAAUGAGCUGGGAGCUGGAAGUGCAAGAAGGGCAAAGUUCGCCAUCAAAAAUGUCGUCGCCACUUCUUUCUCAAUAGGAGUUGUGUUGUUCGUGGUCUUCCUUUUGUUCCGAGGAAAUCUUUCCUACAUAUUCACCACGAGUGAAGAGGUAGCUGUUGCAGUUUCUGACCUGUCGCCUCUGCUUGCCUUCUCCAUCUUGUUGAACAGUGUUCAACCAGUGCUAUCAGGUGUUGCUGUUGGAGCAGGUUGGCAAAGUGUAGUUGCCUAUGUUAACAUCACAACAUACUACUUGAUCGGUAUCCCUCUUGGAGCAAUCCUAGGUUAUGUUCUUGGUUAUCAUGUGAAGGGCAUUUGGGUUGGCAUGCUGCUCGGAACACUGGUCCAAACAAUUGUACUUCUGUGCAUAACAAUCAGGACUGACUGGGAUAAACAGGUAGAGGUUACUCAGCAGAGAUUGAGUAAAUGGUACAGGGAAGAGAACAGAGGAAAGCCAGCUUCAAGGGGAAGUGCGUGAGGUUAUAGAAUCUGGCACAAGCAACGAAUCGCCAUCAUGAUAGAACUUGUAUACUCUGCUCGGUCGGAGUUUGCAACCUUUCAGAGGACGAACACAACUUUUUCAGCAUGUGAAGAAUGAGCUUUCCCGGUGGAACAUUAGUAGGCGCAGAGGUGUCAGGGGUGGUUCCUCAGGAUCGAGCAAACGAUGUGGCCGUCAGCAAUAGUCGAUGCAAUGCUCCACUACAUGAGGAAAAAAGAUGAUACCCACUUGAUUUCGUGUAAUCUCUGCCACUAUCUCAACAUGUAGAAUAUGCCUUUGAUCGCUGUGACUGAGCUAGUGGCAUAAGUGUUGUUGUUCUGUUUUAAUGGAUUUUGGUUGUAGUGA